UAUUACAUUGUAUAUCUCUGGAAAAAAAAUUCGAAUUCUGGAUAUUUUUCUCGAUUAAAACUGGUGUAUAUCUUUCCGGCACAAUGUCGAAACUACACCACCCCAUUUCAACCCUCUUCUUCUCUCAUAAACCCUUCCUUUUUGUACCCGCUUCAUCACUCAGAAACCCUAGAAAUUUUUUCAAUUUCACUACAAAUUCAACCAAUAAUCACAGCCUCGUCGCUGCCGCUCAAGCUCAGUCUCCAAUUGCAAAGAAGCCUCCUAAUCUCCCAGGUUUGGAAAAUGUGAUGUUAGAGUACAUGUUUGGGAAGAAGAAAGCUACUGAAGUUGCUCACUCGGUGUGGAAAUGUGUAGUCCAGAAAGGGGAUGCAGUUAUCGAUGCCACUUGUGGUAAUGGGUAUGAUACCUUAGCAAUGCUUAAUAUGGUUGCUGAUAAGUCACAAAAAGGCCGUGUUUAUGCAUUAGAUCUUCAAGAUGUUGCUUUACAAAAUACUCGUUCUUUGCUGGAUGAAUCACUGGAUGACAAUGAGAGAGAACUCGUUGAGCUCUUUAGCACAUGUCACAGUAAAUUGGAGGAAGUCAUACCAAGAAACAUCACAGUGAGGCUAGUUGCAUUUAACUUGGGUUACCUUCCUGGAGGUGACAAAACAAUGAUUACCAAGUCAGAUACAACACUUCUGGGAUUAGAAGCAGCAGAGAGAGUAGUUGCACCUGGAGGUCUCAUCAGCUUGCUGGUUUAUGUUGGGCACCCCGGUGGAAGGGAAGAGUUUGAGACGGUCCAAGCAUUUGCUUCUGGUUUGGCGGUUGAUAAAUGGAGCUGCUGCAAGCUUGAAAUGUUAAACAAACCACUUGCUCCUAUUAUUGUUUUCUUAUUUAAGCGAUAAAUUUAAGGGGAAUCAAAGAUCACCAAAUUGUUGAGUAAUGGAAAAUGAUUGAUCCUCUGUUGAGGUCAUAAUUUUGUAAUCUCUCAUUUUAGCCCCGUGGGAGUCAUAAUUUUGUAAUAUUUCUGGGAAUGGAGGCCAUGGUGUUGUAGAA